AUGUCAGGUGCCGAUGCCGUCACCUCGUCGCCACAGACCUCCGGGUUGCCCGCAGUCCUCGCUGCUGAGACGGCCGACACCUCCACGCAGCCUGCAGCGCAGGAACGGGGCGAUGCGGGUCCCGUUGUCGCGCCACUUGCCGCUGCUGCAAAAGAGGGAGGGCCUGCCUCGACUGCAUCCCAAGCUCAUGCUGCCGCUGCGGCGCCGCUGACAUCACCAUCCGAACACGCUACGUCUACGUCUGCGCUCAAGCCUGCUCUUGCGCCCACGCCCAAUCCAGGAUCAGCAACCCCCGACGGCACCACCACCACCACCGGCGGCGCUGCCUCCCCCAUGCCGCCUCCCGCGCCGAAGCUCACCACCUCGCCGAGUACGCUGCACAGUACGCUGCUACGCUCCAGCGACCUGCCCACGCUGCGCACCGACCUGUUUGCGCAGUACAGCGCCACAUCCGCCACCGCCCUCCGCACCGCCCUCUCCGAUCAGCUCACGUCCAAGGUUACGGCCGACUUUCAGCGUCUCGUCUACCGCGACUCGCGCGUCCAAGUCGACGAGCUGGUCCGCUUCGUCGAAAAGCAGGGCGUCUACGAUCAGAUCCUCGACGACGCCUUCAAAGGCGCCCUCGCUAAGGACGGAGAGAUCGGAGCGAGGCUCUGGAGGCUGGUCCAGGAUGCGGUGCAGCAGCAGGUGCGCGAAUCGCUGCGGGCUAGCGCAGGCGAGGUUGCGAGCAAGGGCGCAGGAGAAGGCGACAUGGACGUCGAUGAGCCCUGA